GAUACUAUCGCUAUAUCGCGCGAGGGUAUUGUACUGAGAUGCGACAGGUCUCGGCUCUGUACUGUUGAAUUCUAAAUCCCAGCGCUGAGUGGCGGUGUCACAUCACUUAGGCUCUCGUUCUCCGCAGCCUCAGCCAUCUCAUUCACUGAAGUCUUGCUGAUUCACUGCUUCGUGCAGUCACAAAAGGGGGUGGGGAAAUCACAGGCAACAUUCACACAAGCGCGGAAAAGAUCCGGUAAAUGCAGCGCCAGUCGCACCUUUCAGGCGGUCAUCAAGCUAUGGAGAAAGAAAAGUUAUAGGACCCCCCGCCCUCCCCCCUCCUCGGCUGCAUUUGGCCAUCUGGCGCAGCUUCGCUAGUCCGGGGUCUGCCUCCUCGCCCGCCUUGCACUAGGGACUGCGUUGAAGAAAUGUAACAGAGCUUUUCACUCCACGAACAUUGUCCUGGGUUUCUUGGAACCCACGGCUGGACAGAGGACCCUCUGUUGCCAUGCUGUAACCACAGCUGGGGGAGGCUGUGCAGUAAGUUGUCGGUGAGCGGGGAUGGACCUCGGCAGCGUGAGGGGAGCCAGGUGUAGAAACCACUAGACCACAAUCAGAUCUAGGUACGGGUUGGAGGACUCCCCGGGACUCCGAGGAAGAGUGGCCGGCGCGAACAGAAAGAGGAACACUUGUUACCCACGCAUCAGGUUAAAGUCGUCCAUGGCUCAUAUGUUCAAAACCAAAUUGGCGAAGUUCUAUCCUGAUAUUAGUCCCUGGUGUGACAAAUGCAAAGGAGGCCAGCAUUGCUCUCUGUGCUGUGGCACAUGGAUUUCAGGACUACGGCUGACGAGACAAAGACAGGAAUUUGUUUGCUACAAGAUGGUUCUCAGGAGCCCUUUGAAGUGCGAUUGCACUUAGCAAAGGACAUUUUAACAAUUCAAGAGCAAGAUGUUAUCUGUGUGUCUAGUGAAAACUUCUAUUCCAGUGAAAGAACCGUUACAAUUAGAAGACAGACGAUUGGUGGAUUUGGUCUAAGUAUAAAGGGUGGAGCAGAGCACAAUAUUCCAGUCAUAAUAUCAAAAAUCUCAAAAGAGCAAAGAGCUGAUCUGUCAGGUUUGCUGUUUAUCGGAGAUGCUAUCCUUCAGAUAAAUGGAAUAAAUGUCAAAAACUGCAAACAUGAAGAAGUGGUUCAAGUUCUGCGCAAUGCUGGAGAGGAAGUAACUCUUACAGUGUCAUUUCUUAAAAGAGCACCUGCCUUCCUGAAACUUCCCCUGUAUGAAGACUGCACAUGUAUCCCCAGUGACCAGAGCAGUGGUACAUCUUCUCCACUUUGUGAUAGUGGAUUACAUCUCAACUAUCACCCUAACAAUACAGAUUCAUUGUCAUGUUCUUCAUGGACGCCGUCCUCAGGCCUGAAGUGGGAGAAGAGAUGGUGUGAUCUGCAGCUAAUACCUCUUCUUCAUUCUCGUCUGUCACAUCACAUUCCAGGCACUGAUAUUUCUAGGCAAAAUGCAUUUCAAGUAAUUGCUGUGGAUGGAGUAUGCAGUGGUGUAAUUCAAUGUCUCACUGCUGAAGACUGCAUAGAUUGGCUACAAGCACUGGCAAUUAAUAUAUCCAACCUUACCAAGCACAAUAUUAAAAAGAUAAACAGAAAUUUUCCCGUAAACCAACAGAUAGUCUACAUGGGCUGGGUUGAAGACCGGGAGCCAGACUCACUGCAGGAUAAGCUGUACACACCAAAGUAUCUAGCCGUGCGAGGCGCUUGUCUAUACAUGUUUACCGCACCUCCAGUGACUACGUGGGAUUGGACAAAAGCUGUGAGGAGUUACACAGUUUACGAAAUAAUGUGCAAAAUCCUUAAGGACAGUGAGCUGUGGGAUCGACGAAAGCACUGUUUUAGCAUUCAGACAGAAAAUGGAGAGGACCUUCUCUUCAGUGUGGAAUUAGAAUAUGAACUCAUUCUCUGGGAAAAGGCCUUUCAAACAGCAACAUUCUUGGAGGUAGAACGAAUACAGUGUAAGACUUAUGCCUGUGUGUUGGAGAGUCACCUCCUGGGACUGACAAUAGACUUCAAUAUGGGUUUUGUGUGCUUUGAUGCUGCAUCAAAGGCUGUUCUCUGGAGAUACAAAUUUUCACAACUGAAAGGUUCUUCAGAUGAUGGCAAGAGCAAGAUUAAAUUUUUAUUCCAGAGCCUCGACACUAAGCAAAUUGAAGCAAAGCAGGAGCUGGAAUUUUCCAACCUUUUUGCUGUACUGCAUUGCAUACAUUCCUUCCUCGCUGCCAAAGUUGCUUGCAUGGACCCUCUCUAUGUUGGAAGUCAGUCAGUUGCUGGGAAGACCAAGUACAAUAACUGAUGGAUGCCCGUCUUUCCAUCCAAUUUGGAAGAGUCACUGCUGUUGAAGAUAAAUAUUUAACACUCUUCAGCCAUGUGAAAUUUUAAAUAAGGCUCCAGUUCAAGAGAAAGUUUGCCAGUUACAAUUGCUCUCCUAUUCCCCAAGUUGUAAACUAUUACUGAAUAAGAUGAACUGAAAUUGCCAGAAGCUGCAGCCGCUAAAUGAAUUGAACUGAAAUCUCAAGGGAGUACAAGUAUGAUGGUUUUUCCCACUUUAUUACUGAACUCAAUCUUCCUCACAGAUUGUCACAGCAUACUUCUUGAAUGGUGGGAGUCAUUGAAGCAAUCUACAUACACAGGUUUCUUAUUGGACAUACUCUGCAACUAAACGUACUUCUGUAGUUCCAAAGAUGGAAAAUUUUAUCAAUUUACAAGAAGUUUAAUGUAAUAGAUGAGGUUUAUGCAAGAUAUUAAUGACAGGAAUAUGAUAAAUGGAAAUUAAGGAUUCAAAUGAGGAAAAGUAGAUCAUUUUUAUGUAAAAUAAUUUUUGUAGUGAAAAUGCACUUAUUUUUACAAUACGCCCUGAGUGUUUUCUGUUACCAUGUUAAGUCUCUGAAAUAUUGAAAUCUGAAUUUGUGAUCAACAUAAUCAGAGUUUAUUCAAUGUUGUAGAUAAAAUAACGAUAAUUUAAUCUUCUGUGAACCGUUGUCAAAAGCUGCUAAGAUCUAGCUAACAUUUCUCUAUCAUGACCAGCAUUACCUAAACUAUAGACUAAUUUGAAUUGAUUAAGUAAAUAUACCUGUUCCACUGCAUAUUUAAUUGUACAUUUUGAAGUACGAACAUUCUGAUAAAAACAGCUAGUGAAA